UUAUUAAAGAAUUUUGUUAUAUGAAAGAAUUUUUUUUAUACCUUCUUAUUCUUUUUCUACUUUUUUCUUUCUUUUUUUUUUUAUUCUUCUUCUUUUUCUUCUUAUGUUCCUUGACGCGUCACGGCACAUGAAAUAUGUAUCGUAUUUCCGUUCUCUGAUAAUUGUUACGGGUCAAGAACGAAAUCAAGGUGAAGAACGGGGUUGCUCCCGGGGUAAGAGCUCCUCGGGGAUUUCGUAAGAAAAAAAUAUUCAUUUUAUUUAAGAUUAUAAUUAUUCCAGACACACACACACACACACACACAUACAUAUAUACCCGCAUACGACACACACACACGAAAUAACGUUAUCCACAAGAUUUGAAAUUAACGAGCGAGUCCGAUCUCUCAGUCGGUAUGCGUCAUGUGAUUUAUUAGUUACUUGAUAUAAUUUAUGAGUGAAUCGCGACGAUUUAUUGUAUCUUAGUACACUAUUUAUCAUAGCACUUUAGUUAGCACUCACUCACUUAGUUGCGAUUCGUUCGCGAUUUAAAAGAGACCUGACCAUACGUAUAUGUGGUGUGUGUGUUUGUGUGUAUACGUACGUGGAAGAACAAAUAACGAAGACGACGCAUCGUCGUUGGUGGUGGUAAAUUGCACGAUUAACCGUGUAAUUAAGUCGGCUUCUCUUGACGAACGAAAAUACGGAAAUUACAUGGUUCCAUCGUACACACCACACCACAUCGAAUCACAGCAACGUGGACGACAAAGAAGACUAUGUCGAGAAUCAACGGAAGUAGGGAACUGGGAUACGGGUCAAAGAGUCCGGAAGAAGCCAGGAAUUCGAUUCUUUAAUAUUACAAGCAGAGAUUCAAGGGGAAUACGUGAAGCAUAAAAAAUUACUGCAGUUUAGUGAAUAAUAGAAUGAAUACUAUUUAGAAUUGUUUGUUAUGUUCUAAUGUAUUUUAAACGUAACAUAAAGUAAAAUAUAAUAUUCAUUAAUUUAGAUAAUAUUUGUUUUUAUCAUUGCUUAUUAAUAUCAUGGAA